GUGGACGUAACUCCUACUGCUUGGGAGGAAACAAUUACAGUCCAAACACACUCAACGAUAAUGCCGGCAAUCAAAAAGGCCAUUAUUAUCGGCGGCGGACCGGCUGGGCUCGCGACAGCGCUCCGGCUACACCAGAAAAACAAUAUCCAAUGUACUAUUUACGAGCUGCGCCCGGAGCCAACUACUAUUGGCGGUGCGAUCGGGAUCCCCAGCAACGGACUGCGGUUGCUUGAUCGCCUAGGGGUCUACCAGUCGCUCGCGGCGCGAGGGUCACUGGACUCGCAACUGAUCCUGCAUUCCUCCCAAGGAAGCAUGCUGGGUGAGGCGGACUGGAUGAAUCAUGCCGCGGAGAAGACAGGAUUCGGGUACAUGCGCAUCAAACGCGGAGAUAUUGUCGACGUGAUGGUCGAAGCGGUGCAAAACGCCGGCAUCCCCCUUGCGUUCGGGAAACGUAUCGUCCGCAUCCGCGAAGCCGAAGAUACCAUUACCGCCUCGUUCUCCGACGGGACCGAAGACUCCGCCGACAUCUUGAUCGGCUGCGAUGGGAUUCACUCGGCGGUGCGCACGCGGUACGUGGACCCCGACGCCCAACCCGAGUACACGGGGAUCGCGGGCUCGUUUUCUUUACUGUCCACGAGCUCACUGCCCGAACACCUGCGGCCCAACCCGGGGCUGAAUGCCACAUUCACGCCCGAUGGCCUCUUCGCAUUGACGCCCUGCACGCCAUCGGGCGACGAGCUCUUCUGGUUCUUCUCGCGCGAGACCCCCAUCGAGGAAUCCGAGGAUACGCGCGAUGGGUGGGAAGUCCGUCGCCGGGACGCCGUGGCAAACUUCCAGUCCAUUCUCCUCGAGACCCUCAAGGAUGUCAAGGGCCACUGGGGAGAAACCCUGCGGACCGUGGUGGAACUCACGGAUACAAUCCACUUUUUCCCCGUCUACCACCUGCCCCCGGACGGAAGAUGGAGUCGAGGCCGCGCCGUUUUGCUGGGAGACGCGGCGCAUGCGAUGUCGCCGCAUGCGGGCCAGGGAGUGUCCAUGGCCAUGGAGGACGUGUUCGCCCUCUCGCGGCUCCUGGCAGACCGCACGGCCUCUCUGGACGAGAUGUCGCGGAGGUUUCAGGCGGUUCGACGCCCGCGGAUCAAAGAGAUGGUGCAGAAGGCGCAGGCGAAUCGCGAUCUGAGGAAGCGCACCGGUCCCUGGGGGCUUUGGAUGAAGGAGGUGGCCAUCAAGAGUGGCUUACUGGCAUACAACUGGCUGGGACUUGAUGCCAGGGGAUUUGGCCAGGGUUACCUGGAAUAUGAUAUCGAGACGCAGGACUUUUAGACCUGCAAAUGCGCCCUGAAUUACAUAGAUGAAUAAUGCAUAGCAUACAAGACAUAACUAGUUAUUGUGCUCGACAAAUCCAGGUAUCCGCCAUGUACUACUUACAUAUGGUAUUGGGCGCACAAUAACUCGGGCCUAAGAGAUCAACCUAAGUAGAUGAAGUUAUAGAACUGAAUGGCUGGUAUCUAGAGUGAGUUGAAUUGCUUCUAAUGUCG